GUUAUUACUGGUUUCGUUUUGCAUAUUAAAUUUCUGGAUUAAGUUCAAAAGUAAAUAGAAACCAACAUAAUAAUAUCAAUGUCAACAAGUUAAAUAUUUUAAAGAGUUUUUUAAAUAAGGAAAUUUCUGCAGAGGAUUAAUAAAAAAGACGGCAGAUUUCCAGAGAUUUUAAAGUUUAAUACAACAUUGAAGUCAUCAUCUAUCAGGCUGAAUCAUGACAUUCUAUUGGUGGUCACAUUGGUUUUGGAUAACAGUAAUGAGUAAUCUCAUCUUUCCCCUUAUUGUGGUGGUACACACAUAUCCAAGUCCGGAAUCAAUACUCGAGUACAAUCAUCAACAAACCGAUAAUAAUAAAUUAGUGACCAAACUCUAUCAGACCUCUACAGUGACAUGGACAACAGAUACGCCAAAUUAUGGGAAAAGUACAAUAGAGGAAAAAUUAAAACUACAACAAGUAGAAGAACAAAAAACAACAGAACCAACCGUUAACAGUGAAAAUCCUCUAAAACAAGAGAAUGACGCUGCAGCGUCUAACAAUAACGAAGAAGAAGAAGGAGAAUAUUAUGAUUAUUUUGCCACAGAAGAUAAUCUAGAACAAAUGGAAAUGGAGCUAGAACAUAAAGAAAAGGAUUUAAAUUCUGAAAACAAAGAGGAACAUGCAGCAGAUGUUAAGAGAUCAGCUGAGGAGGAUAAAGAACAAAGUAUAACAGCAGCAACAACAUUAGAUUCUAAAGACGAAAAGAAAUUAUUGGAAAACUCUACACCCGAAACUGUGUUAGAGACAAAUAAUUAUACCAAUUUUACCGAUAGCCAACAUAUAACCAGUACAAAUACAACUGCCAACGAGCAGUCAAAUGCAGCAUUAACAAAUACAACCACCAAUUAUAAUACUAGUGAUAGUAACGCAACAAAUACAACAACACCAAUAUCAUUGACAGCAACAUCUUUGUCGUUUAGCAACAACAAUGUAACAACAACCACAACUCAAUUACCACAGGCCCCAGCCACGCCGAAAAUUGUUAAAGCCCAAAUAGGUAAUUUAGAUUGGUUUAAUACGGUAGCAGCCCAAUUACCACCGGCCCAUGUAACCACCGAUGUUACACAAGAUUUUAACGACGAACCACAUAAAAUACCUUUCACUUUGGAAAAUGUCAAUAAACCCGAAGAUUUACGUCGUGAAGAAAACGAACAUCGUUCACGUAAAUCAAAAGGUUUAUCGGCGGAAUAUAAAGUUAAUCGUUAUAUAAAUUAUUCAUCUGAUUCUAAGAAUCUACUAACCAGAUCAGCGUCUACUUCAGUCAAUGAGUAUGAAAGUGAGGAGAGAUCAGAAGCGUUAUCUGUACAGCGCGCAUAUUUUAUGGAUGUAGGUGCAAUAUCGGCAAUUUGUUUUACAGUCUUCGGUAUUUGUUGUACGGUGGGUACCGUGGGCAUUGUACUAUAUCGUCGUCGUUUCUUAAACAAGCCGCAGGCAUUAAGUGAGCCGGACUCCAGUGUUUAUAUUGACGAUAGUACGAUGCGUGUUAGUGUAAGUACUGAUAAUUCCGAUGAAAUGUAUAGCCUGGAUAAUGAUUCAUUUUUGAAUUCAUUAGAGGCCAUGACAAUACAAAACUAUUGGACCGAUACUGUUAAACAUACAAAGCUUUAAAAAUAUAUAUAUAAAAGGACA